CCGUUCUCCCCGACCUGCUUGCCAUUUGCCACAGUUUUAGUCGCAAAUCCGUUGCAGCCAAUCCAGCGCAUAUAAGCGGCAUGGAAUGGCGACAUGCGCCCAUUCUCCGCGGCCUCCGUCGCCUCCUUGACGAGGUAGCGGCGCAGCUGGCGCAGAACCUGGACCAGCACCUCAACGGCAAUCUGUUCCGGUGGCUGUGCCGAAGGUGUCGCAUCAAGGUGGACGAGGUCACGGAGCGGCACGGGCUGGAUCAGCUCUCCCGUACGCAGCUCCGUCACCUGGCUGACCGCGCUGUCGGACGCCGCCGUCCCACUCGCCGCACAGCCUGCAAGUGAGGACCUAGUGCAGCUGGUGCGCGACGAACGGGACAAGGCCUGGUCUGGCCGGGGCAGAGCCGCGAAGGAGGGUAGGAAAUCCGAAAAGUUGCCGGUGGCCUCUGGUUGUAAGGGUGAGCCGGGCACCCUGCCGAGCCAAAUCUGACUGCUAGCGCGGGAGUUCGAAGCUGGCUGGAGCGGGUCGCCGCGGCAGUCUAGAUGCCUGCGCUAGGCAACUUUCCCACCCUCCGGCCGCCAGCACCUUGAGCGUGGCACGGACUUCGCGAUUUGGGCGGCGGACGUCCUGGCGGACCUGGCGGCAGCGCUACCGCAGCGUCAAGCUGCGGUGGAGGCUGCCCUGCAGCAGGUGCAGCAACUGCCUCUCCCGCAGCAACAACACGGCGUGGCGGCACAGCAGCUGCGCGCAGCUCGCGAGCGUGUCAAGGACGCAGAGCUGUACGCGCUCAGCCCGCAGCCGUCCUUCAUGCCCGUCCACAUCCCGCUGACCACCUCCAUCCUUCGGGACGACAUCCUGCCUCGAGCUGCGGACCUCGCCAGGUUGGCUGCCCGGAUCCCAC